AAAGAAAAGAUAAAGAUUAGGAAAGGAGAUGAAAAUUAGAUUGAAUACAAAAAUUUAGGGACGGAAUAUUCAGUUUUUGUUAGCAAUAAAUAAAUAAAUAAAUUCCUCAAUAAGAAGGGGGUUUCUCUUUUCUUUGCCGCGUGCGUUCCUCUCCUCAGGUGGUGACUCGGUCACCCCUUGCCUCCUUCGGCCACCCUCUCCUCCUCUCCUCUCCUCUCCUCUUCCUCUUCCUCCCUCUCCUCGUCGCCCUUCCACCAAAGCGAGAGAUCGACCGACUCCUCUCCCUCCGCCGCCGACCCCCCUAGGUGUUGUUGAUCGCUUUGCGAAAUGGAGCUCCCAGUUGCUGAUCCUGGGCCGGUGAGGGCUGAAGGAUUGCUUCUGCAGUGUCCCUAUUGUGAUUCAGAGGCAAUGCACAAACUCGCGCAGUUCUUGCUCCCCGGCUUGGCUGCGGUAUGCAUUGACUGCACGACAGGCGAUCUCUUCAGGAAGCCGUCGGUUGUCGCCGUUGACAUGAGGAAGGAAAUGGUGGACUAUGUCACGCAGAGAAGCGAGACAUUCAUAUCCGAUUCGCUUAUCGAAUCAGAAGCAAGUCAGGAUCAAGAGAACGAGAUGCCGGAGGACCCUUUUGAGAUCGUGUCCAUCUUCAUGGAUGAUUUUAGUAGCACGAAGAGGAACAUUAUCGGCCAUGUCUCUGGGUGGUUGAUGAGCGACAGCCGCGAAGAUAAGAUUGAUGACUUUGUCCAAGAAAUGGAGAUGACCCGCUUCUGGCCGCUGGAAAGGAGAGAAGUUAUUGCUGAGGUCCUCCUCAAGAAUGUAGACCUGAAAACCAAGUACCACUGCCCUGAGAAAUAUGAAAAUGAAGAACGUCUCGCUGAUCAUAAGGCCCAGUGUAGCUUCAGACCUGUUACCUGCCCCAAUGAUGGAUGCCGAGCGAAAGUUUCUGUUCGCUGCAUGCAAGACCAUGAUUCAGCUUGCCUGUUUAAAAUCCUUACAUGUGAGCAGAACUGUGAGAAGCGGCUUCUGAGGCAUGAUAUGGAUAGGCACUGCGUGACUGUGUGCCCCAUGAGGCCCAUGAAAUGCCCUUUUGGCUGUGAUUCCUCCUUUCCUGAGCGUAAUCUUGAGCAGCACUGUUCUGAGUUUCUUCAGGCACACCUCCAUAAACUCCUCAAGGCUAUUCAUAAGAAAGGUUUUACAGAUGAGGGGCUCAAGGACCAUGCUCUACUGCUGGAAAAGCAUGACAAUGAUGGUAAACUGGCUAAAUCUCGGGAUGUAAGAUCUCUUACUAAUGUUGUAAAGAAUCUUGAAGCCAAAAUAAAAGAUGAUUCGAGUUAGAGUGGAUGGCGUCUCCAGAGCAAAAUGCAAGUUUUUUUUGAGGCAGCAAAAUGCAGCAUGGAUAUUGAAUGGUAUAGUUGAAGAGUUGUUUCCACUCACAGUAUACACAGAAGAGUACAAGAUUCUGCACGUUUUUCCUUUACAACUAUAAUUUUCCCCUCAUGAUUUUUCUUUUCUCAAAAUCGGUUAGUUUUUUAUGGUGUAAAAGUAUAACAUUAUUUUAUCCUUGCUAUUUUGUCCAAGGAACUCUUUUUUUUCAUAUAAAUUGAGAAUAAUUUAUCAGGAAUGCUAAUUUUUGUUUAAUUUAUGGAAGGGCGAUGCUCGAAGUAAGGGAUGUUUUUCCCAGUCUGAUUC